AUGUCAGACUCAGAUGAUCGACUGCGCUACCGCCGCCAGCCAACUCCAGAAGACGUCCUCGCCGCGCGGGCAGAAAUACGAGAACAUGAGAACGCCAUCUCCGGCAUCCAGGAGCACAUCACCGGCCUCCUCUUGCAAGUGCAGCGCCUCCGCCGAGAGCAGGAGAAGCACCAGGCAGCCAUCAACAAAUGCAAGGGCGUAAUCACACUCGCGCGACGCAUCCCCGAGGAGCUCCUCGCGAAGAUAUUUGAGCAGUGCGUCGCGGACGGCUGGUCGCGCUCGCCCAUCACCGUCUCGCACGUAUGCUCUGCGUGGAGGAAGGCGGCAUGCACGCCAAGGGUGUGGUCACACGUCUACGUGAACUGCCCGUCGCCCGACGCGCUCGACCGUACGCGCUUCUGGCUUGGCAUGGCGCGCCAGGCGCCGCUCGAUAUCACCGUCGUGACGGGUUGGUGCCCCGACUGGCAGCUCGGCGAGGUCAUGGAGAUCCUCUUGCAGCAUAUGCGCCAGUGGCGCACGUUCGUGAUCGAGUCGCCCGACUCGACGCAGGUGGACCACAUUCUCUCGUGCAUCGCGCGCAUUCGUGUGCCCCGUGGGGCGUGCCUGCCAAACCUGCGCGAGGUCUACAUCGCGACGGAAGUCCAUUUCGAGGAUCCUACUGAUAGCGAGGAUAACCCGCCCGACACGUUCGAAGAUGCGUUCGGUCCGCACAACGCACCCAAGCUCUCUGCUCUGCUCUACACAUCCAACGUUCUCCCGCUCUGCAUACCCGACAAGCCCACAUUCCCCUCUCACCUCACCAGACUCGACCUCACGUUUACUGAGAGCCUCUUUCAACGCCCGUUAGCCGCCGAAUCCCUGCUCACGCUCUUCGAGGGUGUCCCAGAACUGCGCUCCCUCGCACUCGCGAUGCCGCUGAUGUAUGUCCAGCCCUUCGUCCCCGAAGUCGACGCCUCGCGGACAGUGUGCUUAGCACACCUAGAGGAAUUGUCGAUGUACGGGCCGACGGACAUGAACGGGUUUCUCCCGCAUAUGCGCGCACCGAGCCUGCGCCGGCUGCACCUCCGCUCUCUCGAAGACGUCGGAUACCGCCAGCAGCCGCUCGGGCCGAGUCUCCUGCGGUUCCUCUACGGAAAAGAAGGGACCAUCACGGAGCACGAAGACGGUCCACUGUCGAUCGAGUUGUUGGAGCUGCACGACAUCGAUUUGACCCCGGAAGCGUUCGUAGAGUGUUUCGAGGCACUUUCAAAUUUGCGCGAGCUGCGGCUGCACGAGUCGUCUCUUUCGGACGCGAUGCUCGCGCUGCUCCAAGACCCGCAGGGGCUCUGUCCACGGCUGACCCGCCUCGAUCUGCGGUGGUGCGGGCACCUGAGCGGCAGGGCGCUCGUCGAGCUCGUGCGGAGCAGGCUCCGCCCCGAUGGCGCGCAGAAAGCUGAUGAUGCGUCCGCUGCAGAUCCUAUCAGCGAGGUUGCCAUCAUUAAUUGUUGUUUCGUUGAGGAGCCGGAUGUGAUGGACAUGGCGGCGAUGACGGUCUGUCGGGUGGUGAUGCGCGAGGGGGAUGACUACUGUCGUAUGAGAGGCUGCUGCGACAAUUCACGGUAUAGGACGCGGCUGCGUUUGAAGCAUGCGGACAAUAUCAUUAGGCAUGCAGAGCGAUCCCAGGGAGAUGAACGAUGGAUGGUACCGAUACGAUUGGUUGUUUGA